AUGUUCACAAAAGAGCUCAUCCAAUCACUCCCAAAGGCAGAUCUUCAUCGUCAUUUUGAUGGAUGUAUCCGACCUGAAUCUGUGCUUGAACUUGCUACAGAACAACACAUAACACUCCCAACAAAUGACCUUACUCAAUUGAAGUCGAUGAUAAUGGUUUCAAAUGAUUGUCAAUCACUCCGUGAAUAUUUGCGAGCCUUUGAUAUAAUCGGGCUUAUUCUUCAAUCCGCUUCUAAUAUCACACGCACAAUGUUUGAAGUCUGUGAAGAUGCGUUCAAGGAUGGCAUAACAUAUGUUGAGUUUAGGUUUGCCCCGAUUCAAUGUAUAAUUCAAGGUUUGACAUACCAUCAAGUGAUGGACGCUGUCAUUGAAGGGAUCAAACAAGCCGAAGACAAAUACCCUAUUGUAGUCCGACUUAUAGUUUGUGGGAUGCGACAAUUGUCUGGGGAAAAGUCUAUGGAAGCUGCUAAACUUGCAGUUGAAUAUAUGAACAACUACGUUGUUGGAUUUGACCUUGCCGGACCAGAAGAUGGAAACCCUCCAACUCUUCAUAAAGAAGCGUGUGACUAUUGUCAUGAGCAUGGACUAUCUGUUACAAUUCACGCUGGGGAAUCUGCGGGAUAUACAAGUGUAGAUCAAGCACUUGAUUGUCAUGCUCAAAGGAUUGGACAUGGAGUACAUUCAAUCGACUCUGAAGAAACAAUGAAAAGGCUUGAAAGAGAUUGUAUUGCAAUUGAAGCGUGUGUGACCAGUAACACACAAACAAAGACUAUUCAGUCUCUUGGCACUUACCCACUCAGAACAUUUUUGAAACAUAACAUUAAAGUCACAUUUAACACAGAUAAUACUGUCGUUUCAAAUUGCAUUCUAUCAAGUGAGAUAAAAACAUUCUGCGAUUUGUAUGACUUAACAAGCCAAGAAUUACACGACAUCUUAUUGUCAUCGUUUGAUGUUGCUUUCAUCAGAGAAAAUAACAUGAAAAAUAAAAUAAUGAAAGAUGCUGAUGAAAAACUGAAAAAACUUCUCAAACUCUAA